AUGAAUGACGAAGAUGCCCUUGCAGAUUUCCUAGCUCAUAAAAAGCGUCUAACAGAUAUAUUUUUCCCUAAUUCAAGAUCAGCUAUUAUUUCUCAUGAUACGAGUGCUUACGAUGAAUUUUGGAAAUUUUUGCUGAGAUUGCAGAAAAUUGUCAGAAAAAGUUUUUCUGAAGGUCUUGAUGGGUGUCUUUUGAGUAAGAAGUCGAAGUUGAACAUUCAGACGAGCAAUUAUCGUCUAGAGGACUAUAUUAGACAUAGCGAUGUUUCAAGUUCUCGCAGAUCUCUUACUCGUUCAGAGCUUGAUUGCUUUCAUCUCAUAUAUGACAUGUACCUCGAUUUUCUUCUGAAGCGCAAGUUCGCUCGAAUUGUGAAACUUAGAAUAGAUCAAAGUGUUCUACCAAUCGCUAACUUUAGAACAGAAUUAUUAUCUACACUAUCUAAACACCAAGUUGUGAUAGUUGCUGGUGAUACUGGUUGUGGAAAGUCAACACAAGUACCACAGUACCUAUAUUAUGGUGAAUCAAACUCAAAUGAUACACCUGGACCUAACUCCUAUCAAAAUAUUGCUGUUACUCAACCUCGUCGCAUCGCGUGUAUUAGUUUGGCCGCACGUGUAAGUACUGAGAUGUUGAAUGAAAGAGGCUCCAAGGUUGGAUAUCAAGUCCGUUUUGAACGAAGUCGAACUAAGGCUACACGAAUUCUUUUUCUCACAGAAGGUUUAUUGUUACGUCAAAUGCAGAUGGAUCCAUUUUUGAGCGACUAUGAUGUCAUCGUUCUUGAUGAAGUACAUGAACGUCACUGGCAAACUGAUUGUUUACUAGGACUUGUUAAAUGUCUUAUAGUUGUCCGUCCAAAACUUCGUGUAGUUCUGAUGUCAGCUACCAUAAAUGUGAACACAUUUGCUAAAUUUUUUAAUGAUUGCCCAAUUAUACAGGUGCCUGGACGUCUUUACCCCAUCGAUUUGCACUACAUUCCACUCAGUCCAGUUGAAAUUGCCAACACAACUGAUAGAAUUGAUCCUGCGCCAUAUAUUCGUUUGCUAAGACGAAUAGACGUAACAUAUCCCGCUACUGAACGAGGCGAUCUUUUGAUCUUUUUAUCUGGAAUGGCUGAUAUUCAAGCAAUAAUGGAACCAGCUAAAGCAUAUGCUGAAGAAACAAAACGAUGGAUUAUUUUACCAUUGCACAGUGCAUUAUCUGCAUCAGAUCAAGAGAAAGUUUUUCAUGUUGCUCCAGACUGUGUACGUAAAUGUAUUUUAUCAACAAAUAUCGCCGAAACCUCUCUAACUAUAGAUGGAAUUAGAUUUGUAGCUGAUUCCGGCAAAGUCAAAGAAUUGAGUUGGGAUUCUAAAGCACGAAUGCGUUGCUUAAAAGAAUUUUCAAUAUCUAAAGCAAGUGCUAAUCAACGUAAAGGUCGUGCUGGUCGUACAGGUCCUGGUGUUUGUUAUCGUUUCUAUACUCAAGAGGAUUAUGAUAAUUUUGAGGCAUUUAGUACCCCGGAAAUUCGUCGUGUUCCUUUAGAAACACUUGUUUUACAAAUGAUGGUCAUGGGUUUACCAGAUAUGAAAAAAUUCCCUUUCAUUGACCCACCUGAAAUGAAAUGCAUUGAUGAAGCACUUGAUAUAUUAAAGUCACAUGGUGCAAUUAUUCCACAGAAUAACUUGUUAACGGUUACGCCACUUGGCCAAUUAUUAUCUGAUAUACCAGUUGAAUUUUCAAUAGGUCGUAUGUUAAUUAUGGCAUCAUUAUUAAGAUUAAUUAAUCCCGUAUUAAGUUUAGCUGCUGGUAUGGCUAUUCAGUGUCCAUUAUUACCGUAUACAGCUUUCAGUGGAGCAGAACAAACGCGUCGAAUCGAAUCACUAGCUGAAUAUGAAAGUGAUCAUGGAGAUGCGUUUACAUUGGUUAAUGUUUUUGAUGAAUGGAUUAAGAUGAAAUCGGAGGCGACUGGUAUUAUUAAACAAGAUCAUGAAUUAGACGAAUUUGAUAAUAAUAAUAAUAAUAAUGACAAGGGAUGUAAAAGCAUUCAACGAUGGUGUCGUCGUAUUGGAGCACAACAGCAACGUCUUCAUGAAAUGGUCCGAUUACGUAGUCAGUUCGCACAGUUGUUAAAAGACAGUGGUCUUCUUGAUAGUAAAUCCACAGAAUUUGAUGAAAACCCAUCCAGAACACAACACUUUAAAAAUUUAAAUUAUGCAAGACGUAGUGCACGAAUGAAAUCUAAACGACGCCGACUUCUCACUUUACAAGAUAAUUUGAGUGAUAACUCGGAAUCUGAAAAAGAAGAUCAUCAUAUGGAAAGUGAUUCGUCUAAAUUACGUAAAUGGUUAAAUGCGUCGAGCCGUUGUUCAUCAAUCAAUUCAUCAAAUGUACCUGUACAAGAUUUAGAACUAGUAUUAUGCUACAAUCUAUCAUCUUUAGCGCAAUCAGCUAAUAUUCAACAAAACAUGACACAAGCUGAUCUUCAACUAUUAAAAGUUGUAUUAGCUGGUGGUAUGUAUCCUCAGUUAGCUAUUGGUGAUCCAGCCAACGCUUAUCGUGUUGCUAAUCGUGGUGGUACAGCUGGAGCUGGUGCUGAAAUGGUAUUUCAUACUAAGAAUAAAGGUUUUGUUACACUUCAUCCAAAUGAUGUAUUUGUUAGAAAGCCAGAUGUUUUAUUUCCUGAGCGUACUUCAAAAAAACGGAAUAAUAAUCGUCCGAACCUGUCAGAGAUACAAAAGUCACAAACAUCAUUACCAAAUAAAAAUUUGAAACAAAAAGAGAUGA